GGCAGCCAUAGCUGUCUGUCCAAUGAUUCUUUGAAGUAGUGCUUCAUAGUUUUGAGAACUAAUAUGCAGAAUAUCAUAUUAUUGUGGGUCUGCUUAUAUUAAUACUGGCUAUCGUUGGUACUUCCUGGGUCAUCUUUCACCUUCAGAGGCUUGAACUGCACUGGCCAAACACUGGGAUUUGUUUGGCUUGCCUUGCAGAACCCAUUAAAUAAUCUGGUGGGAAGGAGAGAGUCUCGGAGAAGAAACCUAAAUUCUCCCUCGGCCUCCAAGUUUAAGUCUUCCUCGAGAAAAGUCUUUCUUGAGUUCUUUCUCCCGGCCCCUAGCGAAAGAAUUCUUCUGCUAGAAGUGAUCAGGCACUGCAGUUUUGACAAGGCCUCGGGGAGAUAAGAUUCAUGGAGCAAUAUGAUAAACAAUACUUGAAGAAAUCAAUCUUAAAACAGGAAGACACCUUCAGACAACAGGUGCAUGAACUCCACCGUCUGUACCGAGUGCAGGAGCAGUUAAUGAAUGAGAUGAACACCAACAAGAAGGGCCAAAAGGAUUCACGCCAUCCGACGUUUGAUUUGGAACACCCAACUGAAAAGCAAGAUAAGAAUCAUAUGAGAAUGGAAUGCCAAGAGAGUGACUUAGACCUGACCCUUGCAACUGGAAGCAGAAGACAGAAAAAGAAAGGGAUAUCUUCAUGCUCAGAUUCUGGAUCCAGUUUCUCUUCGUCCUCGACAGGGUCAGCAACUACGCAAAGAAAGGGUAAUGAGCCAGGGCAGUUCCGGAUUUCUGAGAUUGAUAUGAGAUUCCAACAUGAAACACAUAGCCAGAGUGGACUAAAGCAGAAUCCUUGGUUCUCUCAAUGCUUGAGCUUGAGCUGACAUGAUUGUUUCUUGAUUAUGUUGAGGUAUCAUUGUAGCUAUAAGUGAGAAGCAGUAUGAAUUCAGAUGGAGAUAAGGAUGAUGUGCAGAAAUUUGUAUUGUCCAAACAAAGAAAUGGACCGUAUAAGAGCAGAGGUGCAAUUCUUGAACGCAAACAAGAAAAACCAAGUUUGGCAUGUCACAAAAUUUGACGUGUUGCAGUGACAUACUUCUUGAUAGACAGCAGUUCUUGAUAUGCACUUAGGUUGUUCAUGUAAGAGUUUCCUGUAUUACAAUAACCAACAAUUCAAUUGAAAACCUAUUGUGACGAAGCAGAUUCCUGAAAUA